AUGACAGACUCAAAACGGAAGUCGUCUAUUAAAUUGGACCCAGAAGACGUCAAGCCAGGAACUGUCACCUCUGCUACAGAUGACGAAAAUAUAUGUCUGAAUGCCACGUACAAGAGCUAUGAUGAUUUCGAAACCAAAUACAAUGUCUGGAAGGCCAAGCAUCUUCAUCCUUUUCGUGUCGCCUCUUCUGAAGCCCUUAGGACUGCAGAUGGAUCCGUCAGUUCACAGUUCAGAUAUCGAUACGUCGUGUUUCACUGCGUCCGAUACGGAGUUCCAAGAGUUAGAGGCGAAGGAAAGCGUCCAAAUCAAAACUAUCUCCCAUGCGACUGCAAAGCAAUGAUUCGUCUAAACUUCAACUUUUCUGAGCAAUGUCUCAGAAUCACUUCGAUAGAGACACGUCACUCAAAUCACAUGCUCGAGAAGAACUUGUACGGAAAGAUGGUGGAGAAGGAGGUAAAAAGGAGAAAGCUUUCGAUGUUCCAUUCGCAAGGUUGCCAACCGUCUACUUUUACCAAUUCCAUUAAACAAGAACGUGCACCAUCCGAAGAGAGUGCCGAGUCGGAACAUACUGAAAGUCAGAGUCAGAGUCCUGUGCGUUUUGAUACGUAUGAUGCAGCUCAAAGCUUUGAAUCGAAACCACAACUCGUGGCUGGGCAAUUCUUCCAACAGCAAUUCAAUCAGUUGCAACAGCAGCCAAUCGUGGCAGGGCAGACCUAUCAGCAGAUUUGGCAGACCAUCGGCCAAGUGGCUCCCACUACUUAUGCAACUACCGCCCCCUACAAUAUCUCCAACACUUGGAACCAUGCUCCAUUUUCUGGAAGUCUCCCAACAAACUCAAUAUCGACGGGAACAGCUUCACAAAUCUCUCCCAUCUCAUCGACCGCUGAUGAGAACGACGUACCUCGCGGGCGUUUGGGCACUGUCAGUCGACCGAUUCCACUUCGUCCAUCAGAAAAUCGUGCGUUCACCGAUAUGCUGAAAUCCACGUCGUCUAUACCGAAGACAGAAAUUGAUGCAAUUUUGAGAUCCACGUCACUGAUGCUGCACGAUGCCAACUUACCAAACGACGUUCUUGAGAACCGCAUCAAGCAACUGAACAACCUAAUCUCCCAAUGGAGUCAGUAA